AUGGUACGGCGAACGACGUUGGAUCAAAUUUGGGAAACUUUAGAUGACCCAAAUUCCAGCAACAAAGCAUGGUGGAUCUCCCAGUUUCAAAGCCUUUUGGUGUUGGCCACACUCAUCUUCGGCACCAUUCAAACCAGUGAGACGCCAAUUUUCACUCCCACCACCGUGGCCGUGGUGGAGACCUCCUUUGAUAGCUUUAGUCCAGAUGUUUUGACUUCAUUGUUUUUGUUUGCCUACCGUAUUUGUUGGUCAUUUCCCGUAUCCGAAUCCAAGGCCGACAUCGUCUGCGUCCUGGGGCUUCCACUGCGUGCCUCAGUGGGCUUCGUCUUUCAGCCUGUGCCACAGAAUAUGUAUGAAGAGUUUGUCCAGGUGACCUUGAUCUUCUUCCUGCCCAUCUUCAGGUUCUUGAAGCUCCUUCGCUACUUUGAGAUCACUCGUCUCUUGAUCGACGCCUGUAGCAAGGCGGCUGAGGCGGUCCCCGUCCUCUCCUAUAUGAUGGCUUUGAUCGUGCUCCUGUCUGCGACUUUCAUCUACCUCUUCGAGGAUCGGCGCAACAUUCCUUCCAUGCCGCACUCCUUAUGGCUGGCUGUGGUCACCAUGACGACGGUGGGCUAUGGCGACUUUUAUCCCACCUCCCUUGGUGGCUACUUGACCGCCGCGUUACUGACUUUCGUCAGUGUGGUCUUCUUGGCGUUGCCGGUGGGAAUCAUUGGCCACGAGUUCAACAAAUCAUGGCAGAGUCGAGCACAUAUGCUCCUCAUGACAAGGGUGCGCAAAUGCCUGAACAAGUGGGGCUUCAAUGCUGGAGACGUCCAGAUCUUGAUCCAAUUUGCAGACACUGACGGGGAUGGCAAGUUGACCCUAUCAGAGUUCGUGGAACUCAUUCGUCAGAUGCGCAUCGGCGUCAGUAGCGAGGCGGCGGCGGAGCUCUUCACCAUGCUGGACACGGACUACAAUGGCUAUGUGGAUGAUGAUGAAUUCCUGCGCAACGUCUUUCCAGACGAGUAUAUCAAGGAAAUACAGCGGGCACAGCGCGAAGCACUGCCGGAAUGCAAGAAACAGAUUGGCUUGGCCCUGGAUCGCUUAGACUCGCUGCGCAGCGGGGUCACCAUCUUUCCUGGACCGAAGGAGAGUUCAUCCUUGACCGAGAUCUCCGAGGAAAGUUUUCCGAGCAAUGGUGCUGGAGAUAAUGAAGAUGGAAGAGACGAUACACUCUUCCAGUCAGGCUUUUGA